GUCCGAGUAAUUUCUCCCAAUCAAGGGUAAGAGCUUGAGUUUCAGACAUAAGAGAAGGGAGGUCCGAGUAAGUUACCUUUUUUUUUCUUGGAAAGUUGACUUUCCUUCAUAACAAAGCGGAAAACACCAAUCCUUGUUUUUGUUGGUAUGAGGAAAACACCAAUCCACACAUGCUUAAAAGCAUGAAAAUGCCUUACACCGUGCAGUUACCUUCAUUUUUAUAUUCGUCGAUGGCCGAAGGUGUAUGGUUCCUGAGAGUAUGGAAGCCGUUUUCAGUUCCCAAACAUGUCUUCUUCUUCUCUCUUCUCCAGACCUUCGACUGUUGGAAUGCAAAGAAGACCUGUCGCUGCACAGCCUGUUGCAUCUAAUCAGAUGCCUUCUCCGGCAGUGAUUCAUCCAGACAUCGAUCCUCCUCCAAAACCAAGGGCUUUAACUCAGUGCCUUGCUGUGGGAUUCUUUAUCUUCCUUGUGUUGCUGCAGUUCUUGCCGGUCACCCAUGUUCGUGAUCCUUCUGAUCCACGCGGAUUACUAGCAUGUGAAGAAUCCAGACUAAAGAAGCUCAAAGCUGGCUUAAGUUCCAAAUCAUCAAGGGAAGGUGCUCCAGAACAAUAUUUUAAUAUCUGUGCAGUUGGGUGUGGUGAAUGGUUUUGUGAAGAUUUUUCAGUUCAGAUUUCUGAUUUCCCUUAAAACUGACUCAGUUCCAUACACAUUGUUUCUUGGAUGGACUGUUUGGAUCUUCAAGUCCUUGCUGUUCUUGCAAACUCCACUUUGUCAAACUCAAGGUUUGUUCGUCUCAUUAUGCUACACAUGCUCUUCCAUGAAGAACAUUUGCGAACAAGUUUUAAAAGUUUUUAUGAUUGAUAUCUGGCAGUGCAAGCUUUGAACAUAGCAUUUGGGCAUAAAUAUUUGUUAGAAAUGUCUUAAAGUUGGUGUGUUGCUUACCUAAAACACCAAACAUCCUUUGGAACCAAAGUUGAUGUUUGUAAGGGAUUAAGUGCAUUGUGUAGUAGGUAGAUAAAACCUGCAAUUCAUUUACUUGUAAGGAUAGGCCAACCUCACUUCGCCAUUCUGAUCUUCUAUUUCCCAUUUGAAAAUGCGAAAAUAAGCUUUCAAGAGCGGUUGAAAACAAGACAGGAAACACCAUUAUUGUGCUGUGAUGUGGACUAGGCAUGUGUGCAUUGGUUCUGGGAUCCAUGAGAUCUAUCAAAAAAAAAUUGUAUCAGAUGAUUCUGGUUUCAUCUGUCCUUCAUGUAUACCUUUCAUUUUAGUGCAAUUUGUAUUACCUUUUACCUGGUGAAUAGAGCUUAUAUAU